AUGGAAGGCGUUGAGAACGACGCACCAGAUGUAGAGAUGGAGAGCAUGCAACCGGAACAGGAUGCUAUACCUUCGCUGCUGAUGCCGCAAGGACAAUCGGCUCCGACUGGAUUUGAGCUGGAACCGUACCGUAAACCACCUACUAGCUUUGAGGAAGAUCAAGUGGUGUUCCAUACCCCUAGAGACCGUUUUAGAAGUUCCCGGGAACCAGUCUUCCUUCUUGAAAAUGGGACGGACGACGAGGAAGAACGGAAAUCGGAAGGAAGUGAUGGACCGUCCUCUCCAAAGCGUGUCAGGAUCGAUGAAGAGGCCUUAUUGGUGAAGCUGUUCAUGCAUUCAACACAGUGGCGUGAAGCCAUGGAUGCUGAACUGCUCUCUCAUAAACGGAACGAUACCUGGACAUUAGUUCCACGAGGAACGGCCAUCCGUACCAUUGGGUGCAGAUGGGUGUUCGCCAAGAAGCGUGACCAGAACGGUCGCGUGGUGCGCUUCAAAUCGCGGUUGGUGGCGAAGGGUUUCAAGCAGAAGUACGGAGUGGAUUGUUUUGAAACGUACUCUCCUGUGGCGAACAUGAACUCGAUUCGAGUUGUGCUCUCCGUCUGCGCUGCUUUCGCGUACCAGAUGGAACAGUUGGAAGCUGACACAGCGUUCCUCAACAGUGAGUUGGAGGACCGUGUCUACAUGGAGCUGAACAAGGCCAUUUAUGGAUUGAAGCAAGCUGCAAGUGCCUGGAACAAGACCAUUAAUCGUGUAUUUCUCGACUGCGGUUUCAAAAGCUGUGGUGCGGACCAAUGCGUCUAUUUCAAGCGCUCCAAGAACAAUUUUAUUUACGUCUGCCUUUACGUCGAUGAUAUGAUCAUUGCGGCAAAGACUAGUGAUGAAAUUAGUGACGUGAAGGACGCACUCAAGAGUGUCUUUAAGAUGAAGAAGCUUGGACCGGCGAAGUUUAUUCUGGGAAUGGAGAUCGACCAUGACAUGACUGCUGGAACGCUUAUGAUCAAGCAAACGCGAUACAUCGAUGAUGUGGCAAACCGGUUUGGGCAAGAAAACGCUAGGACGGUGGACAACCCGUGUGCAACCGGUCUAAAGUUGCCAAAGUCGCAAUCGCCAGCAUCGGAUGCAGAACGAAGCAAGAUGCAAUUAAGAUCUAACCAUUCCUUGAUUGGAUGCCUGCUGUACAUCACGACGUGUACUCGCCCGGACAUUGCAUUCGUAGUAACGCAACUUUCUCGUUUUCUCGAUAAUCCUGAGCAGCAGUAUUGGAGUGCUGCUAUACGUGUUCUACGCUUCUUAAAGACGACCCACCAGCACGUGAUCAUCUACAAAGGUGGUACUAGCAGCGUCACAGCUGAAGCCUACUCGGAUGUGGACUGGGGAUCUAAUCUCGACGAUAGGCGUUCUGUCUCGGGUGUUAUGAUCAUGAUUGGGAACGCUUCCGUGGUGUUCAAGUCUAAGUUCAACGAACGGUUGCCCUCAGCUCAGCGGAAGCUGAGUAUAUGGCCCUAA